UUUAUCUUGCUGAAGGAAUCUCGGACCCUGGCUGAAAUAGCGAAGGCAGAACUCGAUGGUACUAUUCUGAAGAGCAGACCACUUCGAAUUCGAUUUGCUACCCAUGGAGCUGCCUUAACUGUGAAGAAUCUUUCCCCCGUGGUUUCUAAUGAGCUGCUGGAACAAGCCUUCUCUCAGUUCGGGCCGGUGGAGAGAGCGGUCGUUGUAGUAGAUGAUCGUGGCAGAGCCACAGGAAAAGGUUUCGUAGAGUUUGCAGCAAAACCCCCAGCGAGGAAAGCUCUAGAAAGAUGCAGUGAUGGAGCAUUCUUGCUAACAACAACACCUCGACCUGUUGUUGUAGAACCAAUGGAGCAAUUUGAUGAUGAAGAUGGACUCCCAGAGAAGCUAAUGCAAAAAACACAGCAGUAUCACAAAGAACAGCCUCCACGUUUUGCUCAGCCUGGAACAUUUGAGUUUGAGUAUGCUUCACGGUGGAAGGCUCUUGAUGAGAUGGAAAAGCAACAGCGUGAACAGGUUGACAGGAACAUUAGAGAAGCCAAAGAGAAACUAGAGGCAGAAAUGGAAGCAGCUAGACAUGAGCAUCAGCUAAUGCUGAUGAGGCAAGAUCUCAUGCGGCGCCAAGAAGAACUGAGGCGUUUGGAAGAACUUCGAAAUCAAGAACUUCAAAAACGCAAGCAGAUACAAUUAAGACAUGAAGAAGAGCAUAGACGUCGUGAAGAAGAGAUGCUCCGCCAGAGGGAACAGGAGGAAUUGCGGCGACAGCAGGAAGGAGGAUUUAAGCCAAAUUUCAUGGAUAACAGAGAACAGGAAAUGAGAAUGGGUGAUAUGGGUCCUCGUGGAGCAAUAAACAUGGGAGAUGCGUUUAGCCCAGCACCUGCUGGUAACCAAGGCCCUCCUCCAAUGAUGGGUAUGAAUAUGAACAACAGAGGAACUUUACCUGGCCCUGCAAUGGGUCCUGGUCCUGCCAUGGGACCAGAAGGAGCUGCAAAUAUGGGAACACCAAUGAUGCCAGAUAAUGGAACGGUGCAUAAUGAGAGAUUCCCUCAAGGAGGUCCAUCACAGAUGGGUUCACCUCUGGUUAGUAGAACGGGCUCUGAAACUCCUCAGCCGCCAAUGAGUGGUGUAGGUGCCGUGAGUGGUGGACCUGGUGGCUUUGGUAGAGGAAACCCAGGGGGCAACUUUGAAGGACCUAACAAGCGCCGCAGAUACUAAAUCUGAAUUCAUUCCUUACUGUUUUAGAAAUUCCAGUAAAACUCUACAGUGAUAUGCCUUUAUAAUUUUAGCUGUUAUCUGGAAAUGGUUCUAUUGUUAUUGUAGUCUUUAAACAGUUUCUUUUGUAAAACAUUUUUUGUAUUCAGUCAUAGGCUUUGUAGUAUAGAGCAGAAAUGAUGCGGAUCAUUAUGUAAGGCAAUGUGUUUGUGACUUUAGCAAAAUACAAUGUGUGACUAUGCUGUAAAACGUGCAGUUAUCUGAUUACAAUAAAAUAUAAAAAUCACUGGAAAGGA